UUUGUCUUCAACCUUUUAUUUUUCAGUUUGUCUCCUAAUCGGAAAAGGUCUUCAUGAAUACUUCUGUUAAACACAAGUAAUGUCACACAUUCCUAAAAGACUAAAAUGGGGGCUGUUGUUUUGAGGGCCCUGAGGUUAUGAAUGUGCUUCAGCUCUAUGAUGCCUCCUGCUAUGGCAGACAUCCUUGACAUCUGGGCAGUGGAUUCACAGAUCGCUUCUGAUGGCGCCAUAUCUGUGGAUUUCCUUCUGCCCACUGGGAUUUAUAUCCAGUUGGAAGUACCUCGGGAAGCUACCAUUUCUUAUAUUAAACAGAUGUUAUGGAAGCACGUUCACAAUUACCCAAUGUUUAACCUCCUUAUGGACAUUGACUCCUACAUGUUUGCAUGUGUGAAUCAGACUGCUGUAUAUGAGGAACUUGAAGAUGAAACUCGGAGACUUUGUGAUGUCAGACCUUUUCUUCCAGUUCUAAAACUAGUGACUAGAAGUUGUGACCCAGCAGAAAAAUUGGACUCAAAAAUUGGAGUCCUUAUAGGAAAAGGUCUUCAUGAAUUUGAUGCCUUGAAGGAUCCUGAAGUGAAUGAAUUUAGAAGAAAAAUGCGCAAAUUCAGCGAGGACAAGAUUCAGUCCCUAGUGGGGUUGUCUUGGAUUGACUGGCUAAAGCACACGUAUCCACCGGAGCAUGAGGCAUCUGUCCUGGAGAACUUGGAAGAUAAACUGUAUGGAGGGAAGCUGAUCGUGGCUGUGCAUUUUGAAAAUAGCCAGGAUGUAUUUAGUUUUCAAGUGUCUCCCAAUUUGACGCCUAUAAAAAUAAAUGAAUUGGCAAUCCAGAAACGCUUGACUAUUCACGGAAAUGAAGAUGAAGUUAGCCCCUAUGACUGUGUGUUACAAGUCAGUGGCAGAGUGGAGUAUGUAUUUGGAGAACAUCCACUAAUUCAGUUCCAGUAUAUCCGGAACUGUGUAAUGAAUAGGACCCUGCCCCAUUUCAUCCUUGUGGAAUGUUGCAAGAUCAAGAAGAUGUAUGAGCAAGAAAUGAUUGCCAUAGAGGCUGCCAUCAACCGAAACUCCUCCAACCUUCCUCUCCCUUUACCACCAAAGAAAACGCGAGUUAUUUCUGUAAGAUCCCCGUCUCACACUUUGCAUGUCUGGGACAACAAUAACCCUUUCCAAAUUGUCUUGGUGAAAGGAAAUAAGCUUAACACAGAAGAAACUGUGAAAGUUCACGUCAGAGCUGGUCUUUUUCAUGGAACAGAGCUCCUGUGUAAAACCGUCGUCAGCUCAGAAAUAUCAGGAAAAAAUGACCAUAUUUGGAAUGAACAACUGGAAUUUGAUAUUAAUAUUUGUGACUUACCAAGAAUGGCUCGAUUAUGUUUUGCUGUUUAUGCCGUUUUGGAUAAAGUAAAAACAAAGAAAUCAACAAAAACUAUUAAUCCCUCUAAAUAUCAGACCAUCAGGAAAGCUGGGAAAGUGCAUUAUCCUGUAGCAUGGGUAAAUACGAUGGUUUUUGACUUCAAAGGACAGCUGAGGUCUGGAGACAUAAUAUUGCACAGCUGGUCUUCGUUCCCUGAUGAGCUGGAAGAAAUGCUGAAUCCAAUGGGCACUGUGCAGACGAACCCAUAUGCUGAAAAUGCAACUGCCUUGCACAUUAAGUUUCCAGAGAAUAAAAAGCAGCCUUAUUAUUACCCUCCCUUCGAUAAGAUCAUUGAAAAGGCAGCUGAGAUUGCCAGCAGUGACAGUGCUAACAUGUCAAGUCGAGGUGGAAAAAAAUUUCUUGCUGUACUGAAAGAAAUCUUGGACAGAGACCCCCUGUCUCAACUGUGUGAGAAUGAAAUGGAUCUUAUUUGGACUUUGCGGCAAGACUGCCGAGAAAAUUUCCCACAGUCACUGCCAAAACUACUCCUGUCAAUCAAGUGGAAUAAACUUGAAGAUGUUGCUCAGCUUCAGGCACUCCUGCAGAUUUGGCCCAAACUGCCACCCAGGGAAGCCCUGGAGCUCCUGGAUUUCAACUACCCAGACCAGUAUGUCCGGGAAUAUGCUGUAGGUUGCCUGCGACAGAUGAGUGAUGAAGAACUCUCUCAGUAUCUUUUACAGUUGGUGCAAGUGUUGAAAUAUGAGCCUUUUCUUGAUUGUGCCCUCUCUAGAUUCCUAUUAGAAAGAGCACUUAAUAAUCGGAGGAUUGGGCAGUUUCUGUUUUGGCAUCUUAGGUCAGAGGUGCAUAUUCCUGCCGUGUCGGUACAGUUCGGUGUCAUCCUAGAAGCAUACUGUCGAGGAAGCGUAGGGCACAUGAAAGUGCUUUCCAAGCAGGUUGAAGCACUCAAUAAGUUAAAAACUUUAAAUAGCUUAAUCAAGUUGAAUGCGAUGAAGCUCAACCGAGCGAAAGGGAAGGAGGCUAUGCACACUUGCUUAAGACAGAAUGCCUACCGGGAGGCCCUCUCUGGCCUGCAGUCACCUCUGAAUCCAUGUGUCAUCCUCUCAGAACUCUAUGUUGAAAAGUGCAAAUACAUGGACUCCAAGAUGAAGCCCUUGUGGCUGGUCUACAGCAACAGAGGUUUUGGAGAGGACUCAGUUGGAGUGAUCUUUAAAAACGGUGACGAUUUGCGGCAGGACAUGCUGACGCUGCAGAUGCUACGCCUGAUGGAUCUGCUCUGGAAAGAGGCCGGUUUGGACCUUCGGAUGCUUCCCUAUGGCUGCUUAGCAACAGGAGAUCGCUCUGGCCUCAUUGAGGUUGUUAGCACCUCUGAGACAAUCGCUGACAUUCAGCUGAACAGUAGCAACGUGGCUGCCACAGCAGCCUUCAACAAAGAUGCACUCCUGAACUGGCUUAAAGAGUACAAUUCUGGGGAUGACCUGGACCGAGCAAUUGAGGAGUUCACCCUGUCCUGUGCUGGCUACUGUGUAGCUUCUUAUGUCCUUGGCAUUGGUGACAGGCAUAGUGACAACAUCAUGGUGAAAAAAACUGGCCAGCUCUUCCACAUAGAUUUUGGACAUAUUCUCGGGAAUUUCAAAUCUAAAUUCGGCAUUAAAAGAGAGCGAGUACCUUUUAUUCUUACUUAUGACUUCAUUCAUGUCAUUCAACAAGGAAAAACGGGAAAUACAGAAAAGUUUGGCAGGUUUCGCCAGUGCUGUGAAGAUGCCUAUCUGAUUUUACGGCGGCAUGGGAACCUCUUCAUCACCCUCUUUGCACUGAUGUUGACUGCAGGGCUUCCCGAACUCACAUCAGUCAAA